AUGAAUAGCCGAUACAGGGUCAAUCUCAGAUUACUACAGGAAGCCGCCGAACAUGCGGCCGGCAAAGAAAAUAUACAAGUUCAAGUCCAAGAAUACAACCAACUUCUCAGAAAACAGAUCGACUUACUCAAUCAUUACUGUACCAUCAAAUAUGAAGAACUUCUCUUAGAAAUACAAAACGUUGCGAAACACAUCAGGAGAGUUACCCAAAUAGCAUCAGAAGGAAACGACUUAAUAUCGGAGAAAGAGUUGAGCAUUAUAUUAUUGUCGAGCGAGCGCCAGUUGACGGCCGCUGGAGAGGAUGUAGUGGCCUUAGAGCUUUGUAUCCGCGAGAAUUUUCAGUUGUUGAUCAAGUCUAUAAUCAAUUUUGACAACAUAGUGAUGACGUCAGCAGCUCCGUGGUUUAUAGCUCAGCUAACUCGGGAAGGAUUCGCAAAUGUUAACAGUGACCAGUUGUUGAUAGCGUUGUCGUUGUGUUGGGAGAAAUGGCGUUUGUUGGAAAGUCGUGACUGGAUGGACAAGAAUAACGAGAAUGCUUGGAAGCCCCCUGAAAGUUUUGUGCGGAACACAAUCAAGUACUGGAUUAGGCCGGACAAGGUAUGCAAGUGCAAGGCGUCGAUAGUCCGUUACCUGCCUUACUUGAUAUUUGGUCUGUCGAUAAAGGAGUUGAGCUACAUAUUGGAUCCCUACGAGAUUGAGUCGGAGAAGCCGAAACAAGAAGUGUGCGACAGUCAGCUUGUUAGUAGUGUGUACUUUGAUUCGGACAAAGGGUAUUCAUAUCAGCGGCGUAUUCAGCGGAUGGAGAAGGCUGAAUUGAUACGGUUCAGGUGGUACGGUGAAAAUGCGCAGACGGUUCAUGACAAAGCCAUUCCGAUAUUUGUUGAAAGAAAGACACAUCAUGAGUCAUGGUCUGGCCAAGACUCCGUAAAGGAAAGAUUCUCAUUACCGCAAAAGAAGAUAUAUGAUUAUAUUAGGGGACAGCUAGACCUGGACCAAUGGGUUCAGCACCUGGAUCCGGAGAGCAAGAAGACCAAAAAUAUUCUCAAGUUGGGUAAAGAGAUUAGCAAAUCGAUUCAACAGCGCGAUUUACAACCAAUGUUACGUACGUCUUACUUGAGAUCUGCCUUUCAAAGAUCUGACAGGAAUGAUAUCAGGUUCAGUCUGGAUACUAAUUUAUGCAUGGUGGAUGAGUAUAAUCCUGAGUUGUGGGAUAAAAUGGGACCAGUAGAUGAGGGUGAGGAAUUGCCUCCUAAGGGCGUUCCGUCUAAAGUCUCGGAUGAUGACUUUGAUGGACAUAAUCCGGGGGAUGGUCGUAAUCCGGGGGGUGACCGUAGAGCGGUCGUGGGCAACAUGGCGGAAAGAGGCCGUGGUGGCAAGUAUAGGCCAUGGUGCAAAACAGACCACGAGAUUCUGAGUGGCAAUCAAGUAGUCAGGUUCCCUUAUGCGGUAUUGGAAGUAAAAUUGCAAACUGAGCAGCCUCAAUGGGUGUCGAAGAUGUUGUAUGACUGUGGGGCAACUAUGGUCUAUAAGUUCAGCAAAUUCCAGCACGGGUUCGCCUUCUUGCAUAGGAACAUGCUUCCGCCCGAUGUGCCGUUGCCUCACUGGAUCGAAGACUUUGAGAAUCGCGGGUACGUGCAAGGCUUCCAACUGCCAAGUGUUGGCACUAACCAACUUAGCAUGAGCCAAGGACGAAGGGGCCUACUCAGUGGCACCAUACCCGGUGCCCUGAGGUUACGGGACGGCGGAAUGAAUGACAGCUUCUAUGUUAACACCGUCUAUUCCAGAGGUCGCAACGUCAAAAAAUACGACCCCAAGUCCAUCUUCGCUUGCGAACGAACUCUCAUGCACUAUUGCAGAAAGGCCCUCUUCGUCUUCGCCGCCGGACUCGCGGCUUUCCAAAAGGGCUGGAACGCCUCCGGCAUCGCAGCCAUCGUCUCCGGAAUGGCCUGCGUUAUCUACAGCUUCCUAGUCUACAAAACGAGAAUGCACAAAAUCGUCAAGUAA